AUGCAGACCGAUAACUUGAGGUGCCAGGGGCUUCGAAUCCCAGCUCUGGGAAGAAGACGCAGCAGCCGCCGCCUUCUGUGGCUGCUAUGCCUCUCAACGGAGGGGUUCAAGGAGAGGCCAUGGCCGCGCUGCGACUCUGCUAUCCGAGCUUCCAUCGUGAAGGGCUCCUCCCUGAAUGCUCUCUCCGACUACAGGUCUCUCAUGUCCUUGGGGACCCUCGAGAACGGCCGCCGGACUCUCUGGCUGGACUUGGAAGCCUGCAGGGCCUCCGGAGACCUGGCCCCAGUAAGUGAAACCCACGGGAGGAUGAUAAAGACGGGGUUCUGCUUCUGCGAUUCCCUCGUCGGUUCCCUCUUCCGUCUCUACCUAGAUCGCCACUGUCUCCGCGAAGCCCGUUCUCUGUUCGACGAAAUGCCGCGCCGGAUUUCAGACCCCCUACCAGGGAACCUGCUCCUCGCAGCCUACUUGAGGAACGGACGAACAGAGGACGCUGCUCAGAUGUUCGACGAAAUGCCCGCUCGGGACUUGAUCUCUUGGAACACCAUGGCCGCCGGCUGGGUUAGGGUCUCCCGGCCUAACCAGGCCAUGGCCCUGUUCGGCAGGUUGCUCGGCUUGGGCAUCGAGCCCGACGGCUUCACCUUCUCCGUCGUCCUCUCGGCGUGCGCCCGCGCCGGCGCCCUAGCCCUGGGCCAGCAGGUUCACGACCUGAUGCAGAGCAAGCAGGUGGAGAUGAACCCCAUUCUCAGCUCGGCAUUGAUCGACAUGUACUCCAAGUGCGGGAAGAUCGACCUGGCCAGGAGGGUAUUUGAAACGGCUGCCAGGACCGACGCCUCUGUAUGGAACUCCAUGAUCUCCGGCCUGGCCAUCCACGGCCACGGCCGGGAGGCCCUGCAACUGUUCGACAGAAUGCUCAAUGAGGGAGGAGCGGCGGCCCCCGACGCCAUCACCUUCGUGGGUCUCCUCACGGCCUGCAGCCACUGCGCCCUGGUCGAGGAAGGUCUCCACCAUUUCUUCUCCAUGAAGCUCCGCCACUCCCUCGAGCCCCGCAAGGAGCAUUACGCCGCUGUAGUCGACCUCCUGGCCCGCGCGGGGCGGCUGGAGGAGGCCCACCGCGCCACGAGGGCCCUGCCGGUGCCGCCGGACGCUGCCGUGUGGCGGGCGCUGCUCAGCGGCUGCCGCAAGCACGGGAGGAGACCCGAUAUCGCCGCUGCAGCGACGGCGCAGAUGGGCGCCGCCCGCUGCAGUGGCGACUACGUGAUGCUCUCGGGCUUGUACUCCGCCGCGGGGCGGUGGCGCUGCGCAGAGGCGGUGUGGAGGAAGAUGAAGACCGAUAGGGUGAGGAAGCCCCCGGGUAUAAGCUGCGUGGAGCUCGGAGGGAGGGUCUGCGAGUUUCAGGCCGGGGAGCGGUGGAGGGCUCUUCCCGAGGCGGAGGAGAUACGGCGAGUGCUGGCGGCGCUGACGAGGGCUGCGAGGGGGGUGGGCUUUGCGCCGACAGCGGAGACGGUGGUGAUGGACCUGCUGGAGGAAGAUAAGGAGGCCAAUUUGGUCUCUCACAGCGAGAAGAUUGCCGUCGCCUACGCCGUGAUCAAGACGGCGCCCGGCGCGGAGAUCAGAGUCUCGAAGAACCUCCGCACCUGCGAGGACUGCCACUCCUGGCUGAAGGCCACCUCCAAGAUUCUCGGACGGGAGAUCAUAGUUAGGGAUCGGACUCGGUUCCACCACUUUGGACGGGGCUCUUGCUCUUGCAAUGACUACUGGUGA